AUGGAGCUGGCCGUAGGCGCCUCGGGGGCCACCAUCAAGUCCCUGCUGACCAAGCUAGGCGGGCUUCUUGCGGACGAGUACGCCCUGAUCCGCGGCGUCCGCGGCGACAUCCAGUUCAUCAACGACGAGCUCGCCAGCAUGCAGGCCUUCCUCAGCAACCUCAGCGCCGGCGGCACCGACGGCCACGACGACCAGACGGUUGACUGGAUGAAGCAGGUCCGCGAGGUCUCCUUCGACAUUGAGGACUGCGUCGACGACUUCUCCCACGGCCUCCGCCCGGACCCCCGGAGCAGCAGCUGGCUCUCCACGGUCAGGGCGCUGCUCUACGAGAUCCAGACGGCGUCCCUCCGCCGCAGCAUCUCUGUUCAGGUUGCCGAGCUCAAGCAGCGGGCGCAAAAUGUGGGUGAGCGCCGCGGCAGGUACGGCGUCCGCGACCCCAAGAACAGCAAGAAGAAGGCUAGCUCCAGCGGCGCCACCGGAUACCUCGCCGCCGAGCAUCAGGGGACAACCCGGCAGCUCAUCAGCAUCAAGGAGCCCGUGGGGGUGAAGGACUCGGGUCUCCUUGAGAAGUGGAUCGGCUAUGAUGAUGGCAAGAAGCAGCUGGGAGUGCUGUACAUUGUUGGCUUUGGUGGGGUGGGGAAAACCACCAUUGCCAAGUCGCUCUACCGAAAGUUUGGGGAUCAGUUUCAGCACCGCGCAAUGGUCACUGUAUCUCAGAAUUCUGAGCCUGACGAGGUACUGAUGAGCAUAAUUAACCAAGUCAAGCCGCAGGCCGGCAGCGAAGAGCAGCAAGGCCAGUGUAGCCCUGAUACCAUGUCUGGGGAUAAAUCGAUUCUCAAAAGCAUAUUGAGCCGAAUUUUAUCCCCGGCCCGAAAUCAAGAAGAGCAGAACCAAAAGCACCAAGGCAUACAAACAGCGUUGCAAAAUUACCUCAAAACAGACAGGUACUUACUGUUAAUUGAUGAUGUCUGGUCAUCACCUACCUGGCAGACUAUCAAGAGACAUUUUCCUCAAAAUGAUAAAGGCAGCAGAAUAAUUGUGACUACACGGUUUCAAGCUGUCGCCACAGCUUGUUAUACUCACAAAGACGCCGAUUAUCUCUAUCCAAUUAAUGUUCUUUCUGGUGACGAGUCUGAAAAGUUGUUUAAGGAGAGCCUGUUGGAGUGCAAGCGUACUGCAGCCAAUCAACCAAGUGAGAGCAAUGUUCCAGAGAGAGUUUGGGGAAUGUGUGGCGGCUUGCCAUUGGCUAUUGUUACAAUGGCAGGUCUUGUGGCAUCCAAGCCGUUGAGGGUCAAGAAUGAAUGGACUGAAGUUUGUAACUCUUUGUUUCCAGAACCAGAAAAAUGUCGUAAACCUGAGGACUUUAUGAGGAUAAUCAAUUAUUGCUACAGUGAUUUGCCUAGUGAUCUCAAAACUUGCUCUCUGUAUUUAAGCAUCUUCCCCAAGGGUCGCAAAUUUAGUAGGAAGCGGUUGACGAGAAGAUGGAUCGCGGAAGGCUUUGUGAGUGAGAAGCAGGGUUUGAGUGUUGAGGAUGUUGCGGAGACAUGCUUUAAUCAGCUGAUUGAAAGGAAGAUAAUUCGGCCUGUAGAGCACAGCAGCGAUGGGAGGGUGAAGACCUGUCAAGUCCACGACAUGAUCCUUGAGUACAUCAUGUCCAAGGCAGGCGAAGAGGAUUUCGUCACUGUGGUUGGUGGCUACUGGUCAAUGACAACACGUAGCAACAAAGUCCGCAGGCUUUCUCUCCACAACAGUGACUCCAAACAUGCAAAAAAAGCAGAUAGCAUGAACCUGUCUCAUGUGCGAUCACUGACUGUGUUUGGGAGCCUUGAGCAGCUGCGUUUCAAGUCAUUCAAGGCCAGAAUAGUGCAAGUACUAGACCUCGAAGGCUGCAGAGGUUUUAAGGCAAGUCAUGUGAGUGUCUCCGACAUAUGUGAAAUGACUCUACUCAAGUACCUGAGCCUCCGAGCAACAGAUAUCAGCAAACUUCCAUCAAACAUCGGGAAUCUCAAGUAUUUGGAAACUCUGGAUGUAAGGCAGACGGAGAUUCAAGAGCUUCCGAAAAGUAUCAGUCAGCUGGAACGAAUAAAUAACAUACUUGGUGGAGAUAAGAGGACAAGGAAAACCCUGAAACUUCCCAAGGAUGUCAAGGGAACAAUGAAAGGCCUACGCAUAUUGUCAGGCGUUGAGAUUAUCCAGGGAUCAACUGCUGCAUCAGACCUUCGCCAUUUCACCAGGUUGAGGAAGCUGGCCAUUUACAAGCUCCACAAGGAAGAACGGAUAUUCCAAGAUUUGCUCUCCUCUAUCCAGUACCUCAGCGGCUAUUCACUCCAAAGUCUUGUAAUUGACGACGAGUCAUCUGAUUUCCUGAACACCCUGGACUCUAUGACAUCCCAUCCACUGGACCUCAGAACUCUGGAGCUGUCAGGCAAGUUGCUGAAAAUCCCAGAAUGGCUUCCACGUCUCAGUGAACUUAUCAAAUUAACUCUUUCGGCAACAGCUCUCCGGACAGAUAAUCUGGCGCUCCUAAGCAAGCUAGAUUCACUGUUUUCCCUGACCUUUUCAAUCAGUGAGGCAAAUAAGGAUCCUGACUUGGCAGCCAUUCUCGAGAAAAACAAAUCUGACUCCAGAGGAGAGAUCUUUUUCCCAGAUGGAGGAUUCAUCAAGUUAAAGCUGCUUCGCGUAUUUGUGCCUCUACUUCCAUCACUCAACUUCUCAGAGAAGGGUACACCGCUGCUCGAAAGGCUUGAACUCCGCUUCAAAAGGUUUGAAGGUGUUCAUGGCAUGGACAAACUUAAGAAGCUCCAUGAUGUGAUCUUAACAGUCGAUGACAAAGCUGGUAAACUUACAAAGACGAUGGUGGAUGAUUUGAAGAAAAGCUCAUCAUCAAUCACAUCAUCAAAGAAGUAUACUCUGAUUGUCAACGAGUAUCAUGGCUGA